UAGUUUCUAGUGGGUAUAGUGUAGUAUCUACCUUCGGGUGUCUAAGCAGUUGUUGUUGACAUUGCCUGCAGUUGUGGGUUAGUAGUUCUGAGAGAUCAAAUCCUCGGCCGUCCGUCGUCAGGAGCUUCACGUGAUUUUUGGCAUCGCAUCUCAGCCAACCGUCAGUUGGUCGUGGGUCGUGGACGAGUGCGGUUCGGUUUUCUUGGACACAUGCGAGGAUUAUCGAUCUACCAGUUGAGUUGAGUUGCAUCAUUGGAACUCUCCAAACUCUGAACAGGAUCCUUGGAAGAUACUCAGAGUGACAUUAGGUGUUGUAUUUCAAACAACUUGUCGUAGUUGUCCGGGAGUAGUGUGUACCGAGAACCAACAAACGGCACAAUAGUUCUAUUUAGAAAACAGUCUACAUUCUCGUCGCGCCGCCCAAGGCAAAUGUCAGUGCAGUUCCUGCAGUGCGUUACGGUGUACAGUGUUGCGAAUCAGCUGCGCCAACCAUAUUAGGGUAAACAAUUAAAACUAGAUUGUGCGGUUUGUGAGCUGUGAGUCUACAGCAAGUUCCAUUCCACUGUUGAGGUGAGAGAGGUGGCUUUUAAGCGCGACUUCUAAGCAGUGUUCAGACGGCAACUAGUUGAAAUUCCAGUUGGGACGGCUAACAGCCCUUAGUGUAUGUAACCUACUGAGCACACAUUCGUCAUUAUUGUCGGUAGCUGAAGUUCAACCGUUGCUGUCCAAAAACGUUUUUCAAGAUAAGCGUAAUCUACGAUGACAGUGGACAAAGGUCAUAGUAAUACGGCGUUCGUGGGAGACGAGCAAAUAACCGGCAAAAAACCAAUCACAACGAAAACCAUCAGCGCCAACAGCUAUGUGCUCGAGGUACAGGACAAGAAGCAUGGCCUCGAAGCGGACUACAACCCGUACGAGCACCGAAGCGUGGAACACCCAACGUCGAGCAAUGAAACGUUGAUCCACCUGCUGAAAGGGUCCCUGGGCACGGGUAUUCUGGCGAUGCCGAAUGCCUUCCACCAUGCCGGUUGGUUGGUCGGUUCCAUCGGUACCCUGCUGAUUGGUAUCCUGUGUACGUACUGUAUUCACCUGCUGAUCAAAGCCGAGUUCGAACUGUGCCGGCGGAAACGAGUUCCUAGUCUCAACUACCCAGCGGUGACACAGACAGCCAUCCUGGAGGGACCCGAUGCGCUGAAACCAUUAUCUAAUGUGAUAAUCCACAUUAUCAACACUUUCUUACUCAUCUAUCAGCUGGGCACGUGCUGUGUGUACGUAGUGUUUGUUGCAUCCAACAUUAAGGCUAUUGCCGACUACUACACCGAGACUCCCACCGACGUGCGGUUGUUUAUGCUGAUCAUCCUGCUGCCAUUGAUCUUGAUCAACUGGGUUAGAAAUUUGAAAUUCUUGGCACCCUUCUCGACGAUCGCUAAUUUAAUCACGCUGGUGUCGUUCGGCAUCAUCCUCUACUACAUCUUCCGCGAGCCGGUUUCGUUCGAGGGUCGAGAGGCGGUCGGUAAAAUUUCCGAGUUCCCGCUAUUCUUCGGUACGGUGCUGUUCGCCCUGGAGGCCAUCGGUGUGAUCCUGCCACUCGAGAAUGAGAUGAAAAAGCCGAAGCAGUUCGGCGGAAACUUCGGUGUGCUGAACAAGGCCAUGGUGCUCAUCGUGACGCUGUACAUCGGCAUGGGCUUCUUCGGCUAUCUGAACUACGGAGCGGACUCGAAGGGUUCGAUCACGCUGAACCUGCCGGAGAAGGAGAUCUUGGCCCAGUGCGUCAAGGCGAUGCUGGCAUUUGCCAUCUACAUCACUCACGGAUUGGCUUGCUACGUGGCGAUCGACAUCACCUGGAACGAUUAUGCCAAGAAACACUUAGGUGAUUCGCCUCGAAGUGUCUUCUACGAGUACAUCGUCCGGACGUUCCUGGUUCUCAUCACAUUCCUACUGGCCGUGGCUAUCCCGAACCUGGAGCUGUUCAUCUCGCUGUUUGGUGCUCUCUGCCUAUCGGCACUGGGCAUUGCCUUCCCGGCACUGAUUCAGACCUGCACCUACUGGCAUCAAAGGCACGGUUGGGCCAAGACCUGGAUGGUCACCAAGAACGUCAUCAUCGGAGUCAUUGCCAUCGUGGGGCUGGUGGUCGGUACCACUACCAGCCUCAAGGAGAUCGUGCAGACCUUCUUCGAGGAUGAGUAGAUUCGUGUGCAAGGAACGAAUUUCAGUGCGUGAUAACCAGUAACGACGAAGAAACAGUGAUUCAAGCGCAGUACACGUUAGAUGUGCUUGCGAGUAUUAAUGAGCCUUACACCGACGGAGGAUCAGCUCCAACCAAUGCCAACGGGGACGGGUUUCUUCUAUUCGUUCGAUUCCGGUGAGGGAACAGGCUUUCCCACCUGGUCGAGCGGAACAGUUUUGAUAGCAUUCCUAAAACAAAACGGUUUUAAACUGUGUGUAGAUAGAAUUGGAACUAGAAAAUAUCAUUCAGUGUAGUUUGUAGAGCAUUACAAUGAGCGACCCCACAGACAACUACUGUAUCGACACGUGAAUAUGUUCUCGUAAUUUAAGAUUGUAAAUUUAUAUCGCUAGAGUGAUAGAAAAUCAUGUGCCAACUCAAUUAAGUAUUGAAUUGCUAGGAUUAAGAUACUGACGAUCAGUAUGCUGCACAAUCUAUGGAUUGUUUAAAUGUCGAAAUGCAGUUUUCGAAGAUAAAUAUUUACGAAUUUUAUAGCAUGCUGUGUAUUUAGGUUAAUCCUUUUGAUUCAAUAAAGCGUCAAUUUCAA